GAGCCUCUGGCUGCUGCUUACUCAGCCUCCCUUCCCCAGCAGUGACAGCACCAGAGCCUUUUGGACGCCCUGGACCAUGGACCCCGGUAAAUGUGUCUGCAUGUCUGGAGGAAUCUGCAUAUGUGGAGACAACUGCAAAUGCACAAACUGCAACUGUAAAACGUGUCGGAAGAGCUGCUGUCCCUGCUGCCCCCCGGGCUGUGCCAAGUGUGCCCGGGGCUGCAUCUGCAAAGGAGGCUCAGACAAGUGCGGCUGCUGCCCAUGAAACCCAUCCAUCGUGUCCACCUCUUCCCAGGAGAGAAAACUGGGGAGCGUCUGUACAGUGCAUGAAUUGAGAAGGUGGAAUAAUUGUACAGUAGGAUGUGCUUUUUAUAUAUUUGCCCAAAUGUGGUGUUGGUCACAUUCAUGUAAAGUACCUGGGGCAAUAAAGUUUUCACUCUUGGUUG